CUAAUUUUCAUGUAGGGUGGAUUCCUUCUCACCAGACUAAUUUGAAAAAUGAAGCUAGAUAAUGGCCAGCACAGAAGACCUUACAACAAAUCCAAAACUCCCCUCCACCCUGGACAGACUGUUUUGGCAAACCUGCCAAAUAUUGGUAAGGUCAAGCUCACCUUACAGACACUGGUGAAUUCAAAUACAUGGGUUGCAUCUGAUUUAAAUGACAACAUAAAAUCAGUAAUUUCUGUAUACCUGUAUCUAGUGAUGUUAGUUAAUAUAUUGCAAAUUAUGACAGCCUAAAGAGCCAGAGACAUCCUGGUGACAGUACCAGGCCUGAUCAACCUGUUACUGGACUCUGGAGGAGUUACUUUGUGACUGCUGUGGGACUGAUCACCCCAUGGCCUAAACAAGGUGCCUCCUUCUAUACUCUCCUUUGAGAUGUUGUUUGCAAAUAUUGUGCUGGAUGGGACUACUUGAAAAUACUGCUACAGAACUCACUUAAGUGACAAGAACUUGGUUCACACAUGUAUACUAGUGGACAGUAAGGGCACUAUAUGGGUUACAUUCACAGCUUACACAACAGAUCAUUCGUUAUAUAUUUACUGCUGAUUUGUUAAUACCAACUGAUAGUUUACAGGUAUGAAAUGUGUUGCUUACUCCAUCGCAACAACUCAUGUUUCAAAGAGCUUGUCAGAAAAUAGGGUUUGGUAUUGGAAUUGGGGUCAAUCCAAAAGGAUUACGACCUUUACAGAUAUGGCAAAUGGAUGUGACACAUCUCAGAGUUUGGUCGACUAAAAUAUGUCCAUGUUGUUAUUGACACACUUUCUGUGGUUGUAUGGGCAACAGCCCAAAGUGGAGAGACCGCAAAGCAUGUUGAGAAACAUCUAUAUGCUAGCUUUGCUGCAUUGGGAGUUCCUAUAACCAUCAAAGCAGAUAACGGUUCUGCUUAUGUCUCUCGCAGGUUUCGACAGUUUUGUCUUACUUGGGGUAUCCAACAUGUCCACGGCAUCCCACAUUCACCGACGGGUCAAGCAAUGGUUGAGCGGGCUCACCAAACACUGAAAAAUUUGCUUAUAAAACAAAAAGCGGGAGAGCCUAGUACCUCGUCUGAAAGGUUAGCUAAGGCAGUGUAUGUGUUAAACUAUUUACGUCUUACAGGAGAGAGAUGAGAUUCGCCUAUGGUCAUUCAUAGUGCUGCCUUAAAAACUGAAAUAUCUGAACAACAAAAGGUUUUGGUACAGUAUAAAAAUUUGAAUACAGGGCUUUGGGAAGGUCCAGCCGAAGUCAAACUAACUGGUAGAGGAUAUAUGUGUUUACUUACAGGAGAGGGCCUUCGGUGGGUAAAACCAUGGAAGGGACCACACCCCAAAGACUCAUCUGUAGAGGGCUCAGCAUCAGAGUAAUAUUGCAGGGAGCCGCUUAUGUUUUUCACACCAUUAACCCCCAGCACAAAAUGAUAUUAAAUCAUAUCCAUCACCACAGGCAAAACAGGGGUUGCAACACAUAACAUUGAAAAGUAUUAGCAUAGUAGAUUUGUAGAAGGUUAAAGAGCACUUUACUGUUAAUUUGUUUUGCUUCAGCUUGCACUCGUAAAAGCUUUGAUAGAACUGAAUAAAUUAGCAUGCUUUGUAGCAAAAAGGGCCAAUGAGAUUUCUGAAAUAUUGAGUGCCUUAGUAACUAAUAUGAAUACUGUUAGCCGUGCUGUUUUACAGUAUCAUGCCGCUAUUGAUUUUAUUGUUAGCACAGAAUCUUAGUUGUGAAGAUUUUAACAGAGUGUGUUGUGUGAACUUAUCUAAUCAUUUAACUUUUAUUCAUAAGUAGUUGCAGGCUUUGCAAGGGAACAACUUCUGGAUGUGCCAAAGAAGGAAGUGAGGUGGAGAGUCAUGACUGCGCAUGUGCGUGCUAGCAACCAAUCACUGCUUAGAUCAUGGCAGGCUUUAUGAGAAUUGAGCAAUGACAAGAGUGGUUUUGGUCACGUGUGCACAGCAGGGGGGUUUGGCGCGCAGAAUAAAUUGUCAGUCAGCCAUUAAAUCAAAUUGAUUCUAUUGUGUCUGUCUGUGAUUCAUCCCGCACUCCUCCCUACAGGAGCGUUGUAGAUAUGACUCUUCUGCUCCUUUAGUGUUUGAAGCAGCAGAUCUGACAAGCAGAAUAAAGCGGCCUUGGUCUCUCAGCAGUAACUAUAAACAUUCGAGCGUUAUCAGUCCAGCAGCUGGAAAACUUGCUGUUAAUUUCAGCAAGUGUGCUGCUUAAAAAAGACUUCCCUGAAGGAAAAAAAAAUCAGUAGAAAGAAAAUUGGCUUAAUCCUGGCUCAAACCACGACAUACACAAUACAUAGAAAAUGAACAUGAUCCAGCAAAGAAUUUUGAGUUCUUCCUCCUCCAUAGGGCCUGUUUUUAUUUUGAACAACGUCUUUUCACUUUUUAAUUUCUUUACUCUUGGUUUUACUUCGUUUCCCUACUUCCUCCUGUAUUUUUAUUUUCUCUUUCUUUAGUCAUUUAUUAUGAUGGAUGAGGACAGGGCAAUCCUGGUUAUACAUGCAGACUGGGGGACGAGAGGCUAGAGAGCAGCCCUGUGAUAAAAGAUUUGGGGGUUUUGGUUGAUGGCAAGUUGAAUAUAAGUCAACAGUGUGCACUGGUAGCCUAAAGGGCCUACUUUGAUCUGGGGUGCAUCAAGCACAGCUGUCACCGUUUGACUCAGGUCCGACAACAAUGCUCUCGAUCCCCUCCCCCCCCCGACCCAGUCAGGGAAGGAGAGAGAGAAAAGGAGAGAGACUUGGCUGGAUUGAAAACUAAACUACACAGCUUUAAUUAAAACACUAAUGAAUCACACAAGAAAAUAUAUACAAUUAUAUACAGAUAUAUUCAGAUAUGGGCAAAAGCCUCUCGCCUCCCCCCACCCCCAGCAACUCCCACAGCACUCCCCUGAACUGGCAAGAGUCCCGAGAAAUCCCGGAGCUGCUGCUGGAGAAAGCAGAGAGUUAUGAGGGUCAGGAGAGCUCGAGCCUAAGGGUCGACGGUGAUGGAUGAGCAGAGUCCUCCCCGGACGCCGGCCAUGGACAGAAGAGAAGGCGAGAAGAAAGAAGAAGCUGUCUUCUAAGAUCUCUGUCCUUCAUCUUAGCUUACGUAGAUAUAUGGAAUGGAAUAUCUUUGGCCAAUUUUGCUGUCUGUCUAACUCAGCCUCCCACGGGGGGGGUCAGAGAUCUCCCCAUAGUGUCUGAGCCGGCGGAGUGAAGGUGUAACCUUGAAGCCUCAGUAGUUAGAAAAACAUUCCACUGUCUUAUCAGCCUAGCAGAACACACAGUUGCUAGUUAAAAGAAAGCUUACUAAAGGAAGAAAAAAUCAGUGAAAAGAAAAAUUGGCUUAAUCCUGGCUCAAACCAGGACAACAGCAUAGCUAGCCGGUCAAGGGAGGUCAUUGUCCCACUCUACACUGGUGCAGCCCCACCUCAAGUACUGUGUGCAGAUUUGGGGCCUCAAUAUAAGAAGGAAAUCAAACUAUUGGAGUGUGUCCCAGGGGAGGGUGACUAAGAUGGCAACAGGUCUCAAGGGCAAGACUCAUGAGGAGCGGCUGAGGUCACUGUUCAACUUGGAGAAGAGAAGGCUGAGGGGUGACCUCAUCGCAGUCUACAACUCCCUCAAGGGGGCCAGUGGAGGGGGAGGUGUUGAUCUCUUUCUGGUGACUAGUGAUAGGACAUGAGGAAAUGCAAUGAAGCUGUGUCAGGGGAAGUGCAGGUUGGACAUUAAGAAAAGGAAGUUCCUGGAGUGCAUUGAUGACAACUUCCUCCUCCAAAUGGUAGAGGAACCAACAAGAAAACAUGCUAUGCUGGAUCUUGUUCUCACCAACAGAGACGGGCUGGUUAAUGAUGUAACGCUCAAUGGGAGACUAGGCUGUAGCAACCAUGACAUGGUCAAAUUCAGGAUCCUUAGCUCAGCGAGGAAGGAGUGAAGUAAGCUCACUACCUUUGACUUCAAGAGAGCAGACUUUGGUCUCUUCAAGGAUCUGCUUGAUAGGGUACCAUGGGACAAAAACCGGGAGGGGAGCCCAGGAAAGCUGGUCCAUAUUCAAGGACCACCUCCUCCAUGACCGGGAGCAAUGUGUCCCAAUGAAGAGAAAGGCAGGCAGGAGUACCAGGAAGCCUGUGUGGAUGAGCAAGGAGCUUCUGGACACUGUUAAAUGUAAAAACAAGGUUUACAGAGAGAGGAAACAUGGACAGGUAUCCCGGGGGGAGUUCAGACAAGUUGUCAGAGAAGGAAGGGAUCGAGUAAGGAAGGCCAAAGCACAGAGAGAAUUGGAUUUGGCCAGGGAUGUUAAGAAUAACAAGAAAGGUUUCUACAGGUAUGUCAGCGAUAAGAGGAAGAUGCGGGAAACUGUGGGCCCACUUCAGAAGGAAACUGGAGACCUGGUCAUGCAGGACAGAGAAGACUGAGGUACUCAAUGACUGUUUUGCCUCAUUCUUCACCGGCAAAGGCAUCACCAUCCGAGUUAGAGAAGGCAAAGGCAUGGACUCGGCAAAAAGAAUAUUUCCCCACUGUAGGAGAAGAGCUGGUUCAUGACAAUCUGAAGGACCUGAAGGUCCACAAGUCCAUGGGACCUGAUGGGAUUAAUCCAUGGUUCCUGAAGGAACUGGCCAAUGAAGUUGCAAAGCCUCUGUCCAUCAUAUUUGAAAAGUCUUGGCAGUCUGAUGAAGUUCCCACUGACUGGAAAAGGAGAAGAAGAGUCCUCAUUUUAAAGAAUGGAAAAAAGGAAGACCUGGGAACUACAGGCCAGGCAGUCUCACCUCUGUGCCUGGCAAGAUCAUGGAGCAGAUCUUCCUGAAGGCUCUGGUAAAGCAUGUAGAAAACAAAGGGGUGACUGGUGACAGCCAGCAUAGCUUCACCAAGGGCAAAUCCUGCCUGACUAAUUUGGUGGCCUUCUACAAUAGGGUCAUGACACUGAUGGACAAGGAAAGAGCAAAUGACGUCAUCUACCUGGACCUGUGCAAAGUUUUUGACACCAUCCUGCACUACAUCCUGGUAUUGAAACUGAAACGAUAUGGAUUCGAUGGAUGGACCACUUGUUGGGUAAGGAUGGUCACACUCAAAGAGUUUUAAUCAACAGCUUGAUAUCCAGAUGGAGACAAGUGACAAGUGGUGUUCCCCAAGGGUUGGUACUGGGACCGGUGCUGUUUAACAUUUUUUGUCAGUGACAUGGACAGUGGAAUUGAGUGCACCCUUGGUAAGUUUGCUGAUGGCACCAAGAUGUGUGGUGAGAUUGACAUGCUGGAAGGAAGGGAUGCCAUCCAGAGGGACCUUGACAGGCUUGAGAAGUGGGCUUGUGCAAACUGCAUGAAGUUCAACAAGGCCAAGUGCAAGGUUCUGGGUCAGGGAAAUCCCAAACACAAAUACAGGUUGGGUGGAGAAUGGAUCGAAAACAGUUUGGAGGAGAAAGACUUGGGGGUGAUGGUGGAUUAGUGUUGCAGAAUGGCUUGAGCAGCAGGGCCAUGGGUCCCUGCUAUCUCCUCGAGAGGCCUUGAGAGUGUAACACAAAUAGCAGCUGUACAAGCAAUCUCUUUUUUUAGCCUAACACAAGUAUAAACAAUCUCUCUGUUAGCUUAAACUAACUCAAGGACAAGGUAGAGAAGUAGAAUGAUAGAAAACAAGGAAGAACCCUGGAACUCAGAUGUGUGUUACUAUCCAGUAAAAUCACUGCAAGUAGUUGCCGUCCAGUGAAAUCACUACAAGUAGUUACUAUCCAAUGAAUUCACUAUGCGUGGUUACUAUCCAAUGAAUUCACUACAUGUAGGUUUGGAAAAGGGUAUAAAAGUAACACUGUGUAUUCAAUAAAUCGAAGCUUGCUUUAUCAAUCACAUUGAUUCUGGACUGCUUGCUUCCCUCGCCGCCGGCAAGUGGCGCCCGAACAGGGACCCCCAUUCCUUGUUAUCACCGAAGUCGGCGGGAGUCCCGGAGAAGCACCGGUAGCAGCGACCGGGGAGCAGAAGACCAGCCACAGAAUGCAGGCGUUUGACAGGCUAAUCCGUGCUUGAACUGACCUGAUAGCAGAGGUUCGCAGUCCGGACUGUUGGGCUACUUAUGACGAUUUUGAUGAAGAGAGCGCUCUAAGAUAAGGUAAAAGGCUGCACUAAAUUAUUAAGGGUCAGGGAUAUAUAGAUAUACUGGCCGAAAAUGGAAAGUGAGAUAGCCCUUGAUUUAUUAUUACGCUUUUUAGAAAAGCGGGCAGUAAAGGAUAUUGACCUUAAAAAGGAGUUAACGGGCUUGGUAGCUUUUGGGAAAGAUCAAGGUUGUUUUAAGGAUCCAGGUGCGUUGUUUCAGGUUGAAGCGUGGCGAGAGUGCGGUGAUUUGCUAUGGAAUAAGGUAAUAGAUGGUGAUAAGCGUGCAAAAAAGUUACUGAAGCCGUGGCGGGCAGUGAUAAAUUGUCUUAAACAGUAUCAGACAGAAGAAAAAAUAGCAGCAGUUGCUUCCAGUUACUUGAGAGGAGUAGGUACGGAGAAAGAGGCAGGCAAGCUUCAGUUAGGGGUUGAUUACGUGCCCACCCCCCCCACAGGGUGCCCGGUAUCAGUGAAGCCUUUGAUUGCUAGUGCUUCUGGGGGAGGGGGGCCAUCGGCUCCGCAGUUAGAAGAACAUAAUGGAGAAGGCAGACUGCCAGAGAAUGCCGAGGAGGAGUUGAAACGAGAGACUGCAGAAACUCAUAAGAACGAGCUGAUAGUGAAAAGUGAUACUAAUCGGGAAGAGAAGCUCAGUAAAAGUUCCGCGGGAGUGUUGCGUUUAAACUGGCAGGAGAUCUCGCGAACAGCUAUUGAGAAGGGUGAUCAUGACUUGUUAAGUGUUAUGCAGGAAUCUUGUGCCUUUCCGGUGUUCUUUGAAGUUACAGACCAAGGGGCAAGAGGAGAGUAUAGUCCUCUUGAUUGGAAGCUGUUGUCACAGUUACGUGCUACGGUUAAUGAAUCUGGGUUACACAGUGAACCUACCAGACAAAUGUUGAAUUAUAUUUGGGGCAGUGGAAUUCUUUGCCCAGAAGAUGUUAAGACACUUGUGAGAAUGAUUAUGACGCAGUCGCAAUUAAUGUUGUGGCAAGCACAUUGGAAUAGACUUUGUGACAGGGCAGUUAACAUCCCCCGCGGUCAGCAGGACCCAUUGCAUGGUGUUACGGUGGAACAUCUGAUGGGUGUAGGUCCUUUUGCUACUGUAGAUAUGCAGGUACAACUAGGUCCGGCAGUAUUAAGGGAACCAAUGCGGUUAGCCCGCGUAGCUAUAUCAAUGGUUAAGACAGCACCACCCACCCCGUCCUAUAUGUCUAUUAAACAGGGCAGGGAAGAGUCGUUUGCUAGUUUUGUGGACAGAGUUACCGAUGCAAUUGAUCGUUCAGAUGCGCAGGAGUGGAUGAAGGGAGCAUUAUUACGGCAGUGUAUUAUGGAGAACUGUGAUGCCGCUACUAGGGCAAUUAUUGUGACGCUGCCUGGGGAUGCUUCCGUAGAGGAAAUGUUAGAUCGGAUGAGUAAGGUGCCGGUCGGACCGCAAGCAAUGUUGGUAGACGCAGUGAAAGAUUUAGGGAACAAUUUAGUGCAAGCCCAGAGCCAAGUCUUAGCAGCCCUUGCGUCUCUUCCGCAAAAUCGGUCUUCAGGCAGACCGCCAGGAACUGCGGCGCGCGGACACCAACAGCAGUUCAUGUAGCAACAGCUCCAUCUUGCGACGACAAUUGCAAACUACCGACAAAUUACAGCCUGCAACAUCCAGAAGCCUCGGCUUGGACUUGGCAACCGCAAUAGAUGUGACUCUCAUUGAUAACAAACCUCAAAAGAUUCCUACUGGAGUUAAAGGACCGGUGAUGAUUAAGGGACAGACACAUGGGGCACUAUUGUUAGGACGUUCGUCCAGUGGAUUAAAAGGACUAUUUGUACUUUCUGGUGCCACAGUGCCCCCACCGCCACCACCAGCAAGUGGAUCAUCUGUUCCUCUACCACCUCCUCCUCCUCCACCUCCAGGCCUUCCAUCAGCAGUUGAUCACAAAGGCAAUGCACGGGCGGAUCAGUUAGUGUCAGUGACGGUGCCCAUUAAUGAAUUCACCAAGGCUCGAGAGGCCCAUGCGAUGUUUCAUCAAAAUGCUCGAGGUCUACACAAGCAGUUCAACAUCACGAUGGAAGGAGCAAGAGGAAUCGUGAAGGCGUGUCCUACCUGCAGCCAUCAUGGUCCCGGUCUCGGCGUUGGGGUGAACCCUCGGGGUCUAGGCCCGGAUGAAGUAUGGCAGAUGGAUGUCACGCAUGUUCCUGAGUUUGGACGACUGAAAUAUGUCCAUAUUACCAUCUGGACAAUCAGCUUUUUGUUUAUCUCUUGCAUCAGCUGCUGACCCAUUUCGUACAUGCUUAAUAGGGAUGCCCUCUUAUGACCGGAGUCAGUUUAAGGGAUACAGUAACAGUCCAUUUGACUCCUGGCUGACAUCCAUAUUUGGAGGAAUUUCUCCUUGGCUGAUAUCAAUCAUUACAGAGGGAUUGCGUUGGGUCACUAUGCUAUUGCUUAUUGUGAUUGUAAUCAAGAUAGCUUACCAUUGUAUUAUGAAAAAUGUAACAAGAUUGUCUGAUAAGAUAUUGCUUGUACAAAAAGAAAAAGGGGGAAUUUGUUGCAGAAUGGCUUGAGCAGCAGGGCCAUGAGCCCUUGCUAUCUCCUCAAGAGGCCUUGAGAGUGUAACACAAAUAGCAGCUGUACAAGCAAUCUCUUUUUUUAGCCUAACACAAGUAUAAACAAUCUCUCUGUUAGCUUAAACUAACUCAAGGACAAGGUAGAGAAGUAGAAUAAUAGAAAACAAGGAAGAACCCUGGAACUCGGUAUGUAUGUUACUAUCCAGUAAAAUCACUGCAAGUAGUUACCAUCCAAUGAAAUCACUACAAGUAGUUACUAUCCAAUGAAUUCACUACAAGUAGGUUUGGAAAAGGGUAUAAAAGUAACACUGUGUAUUCAAUAAAUCAAAGCUUGCUUUAUCAAUCACAUUGAUUCUGGACUGCUUGCUUCCCUCGCCGCCGGCAGAUUAGAAGCUCAAACAUGAGUCAGCAAUGUGGGCUUGUAGGCCAGAAAGUCAGCCAUGUCUUGGGCUGCAUCCAAAGAAGCGAGUGCUUUUGAACAAAUUAAAAAGGAGAUUGUGCAUGCAGUAGCCCUUGCACAAGUCCAAACAGGGCCAGGCAUAAAAAAUGUGCUCUACACUGCAGUCAGGUAUAAAGGUCCUACCUGGAGCCUCUGGCAGAAAGCACCAGGGGAGACUCGAGGUCAACCCCUGGGAUUCUGGAGUCAAAGCUACAGGGGUUCCAAGGCCAACUAUACAUUUGACUGAAAAGGAGAUACUUGCAGCAUAUGAAGGAGUUGGAGCCGCUUUGGAAGUGAUCAACACUGAAGCGCAGCUCCUCCUGGCGCCCAGAUUACCAAUACUAUGCUGGAUGUACAAGAGUAAUAUUUCUCUUACACAUCUGUCCUGGUUUGAGCCAGGAUAAAGCCAAUUUUCCUUUUACUGGUUUUUUCCCUUCAGUAAGUUCUCUUUUAACUAGCAGCAAGUGGACUGCUAACACUGGAAUGUUUAUGUUACUGCUGGGACUGCGAGGUCACCAGAAGAGUCGUAUCUGCAGCCCUCCCGUAGGGAGGAAUGGACUAGACGGACAGCAAAAUUGACCAAAUUAUUCCGUUCCAUAUAUCUAUGUAAGCUUGGUGUAAGGUCAGGGUUCAUGGAAGUCAACUUCCUUCCUGCUUCUCUUCCGUCCAUGGCCGGCAUCUGGGGAGGAGUUCAUAUAUCCAUCAACGUUGAUCCCUAGGCUCAUGCAUUCCUGACCAUCAUAACUGUACCCUCAGCUCUUGUCUGCUCUGCCACUAUCUCCAGCAGUGGUCUGGGACAUUUUGGGACUGCU